UGAGGGGAGCCCCGCCGCCCGCGCCCCGCCGCGGGGAGCGGCCGGCCGGCGAGCCACCAUUACCUCGCACGGCAAGCGGGACCUGCUCGCGCUCGGCGCCCGGCUCUGGCAGCGGAGGAGGCGGCUGCUGGCCGCCGCCGGGCUCGCCCUGGCCAUGGCUCUCGCCGUGCUCAUCGCCGUGCCCCUGCUGCUGCUGCAGGCGCCCGCCGAGAGCGGCGCCCACUACGAGAUGAUGGGCACCUGCCGCAUGAUCUGCGACCCCUACAGCGGCGGGCGGCCGCCCGGCCCCGGCAGCACCGCCGCCGUGGAGGCUCUGCAGGACCUGGGCGCCAACCCGCCGCCGCCCUUCAUCCAGGGACCCAAGGGGGAGCCGGGCCGGCCGGGCAAGCCGGGCCCCCGCGGCCCCCCGGGGGAGCCGGGCCCGCCGGGCCCUAGGGGGCCGCCGGGGGAGCGCGGCGACUCGGGCAAGCCGGGGCUGCCGGGGCUGGCGCUGGCGGGGGCGGGCGGCGGCAGCGGCGGCGGGGCGGCGGCGGCGGGCGGCGAGGUGGCGGGCGGGCUGAGCGCCGCCUUCAGCGGGCCGCGCAUCGCCUUCUACGUGGGGCUGAAGAGCCCGCACGAGGGCUACGAGGUGCUCAAGUUCGACGACGUGGUCACCAACCUGGGCAACCACUACGACCCGGCGAGCGGCAAGUUCACCUGCCAGGUGCGCGGCAUCUACUUCUUCACCUACCACAUCCUCAUGCGCGGCGGCGACGGCACCAGCAUGUGGGCCGACCUCUGCAAGAACGGGCAGGUGCGGGCCAGCGCCAUCGCCCAGGACGCCGACCAGAACUACGACUACGCCAGCAACAGCGUGGUGCUGCACCUGGACUCGGGCGACGAGGUGUACGUGAAGCUGGACGGCGGCAAAGCGCACGGCGGCAACAACAACAAGUACAGCACUUUCUCCGGGUUUCUUUUGUACCCCGACUGACAGGGACGCGGGCGGCGCGGCGCUGCCGCGGGGCUGCCGGCCGUGCCUGCAGCCCGUCGAGCCGCCGCCGCCACGGGCCACUUUAGCUUCGUUACCGUUUUGUACGUAUGUUUUUUUUUUUCUUUCUCUCUCUUUUAUUUUAUUUUUUGGUGGAAAUGAAAUACUGAGUGAAACAAAGCGAUCCCGUUCCUUAUUCCCCGCCGCCCCCCGUCUCCCCUCUCUGGCGCGCCGUGAGCUCCGCGCCUGGCAGCUCCGGAGGAGAGAGUCCAGAGGUCAGGCGUGCCGCACGCCGGGUUGGAUCCGGUCAAAUUUUGUGUCAAUGAAUUAAUUAUGGUGAUGAAUUUUCAGAUUGACUAUUCAUGAAGUGGGACUGGCUCGUAACUAGUUUUUCCUCUGCUGCUUUGUUUGUAUGGGGUCAAGUGUAAACUUUUCUGUAAAGUUCAAUGCUCGUAUGAAUGAUAAUGUCAUUAACGUCAAAUCUCUGUUCUUGUCUGCAAAGCAAUUCAGUGGCUGACCACAAUCACAAAAAAACCACAUUAAAUUAUGUUUUUAGACAA